AUGGUCCCCUCGCCACCCUUCCCUUCGCCGAUUAAUACCCUCAACCGCUCCACUCAACUACUCCGACCUUUGUCACACACGACUACGCUCCACUUUCCCACCACACCCACAAACGACCGCCCUACUACUCUUAGCACCCACAGAGCGCCCCCAGUCGAUUUCAUGACCACGGACAUCCAGAAUCUCAAGUCCUUCGAUCCGUUCGCGGAGGCUGAUGAUGCUGGAGGAGAAGUAAAGUCUACUCAGCAAAACUACAUCCACAUUCGUAUCCAGCAGCGCAAUGGUCGCAAGACUUUAACGACGGUCCAAGGCCUGCCUAAGAAGUUUGACCAGAAGAAGAUUCUCAAAGUCAUCAAGAAGAAGUUUGCCUGCAAUGGCACUGUCGUCGCAGACACUGAGAUGGGAGAGGUGAUCCAGUUGCAGGGAGACCAGCGCAAAGAUGUUCAAGACUUCUUGACCGACAAGAAAGAGGGCCUAGGCCUUGAUGGCAAGACCAUCAAGGUCCACGGUUUCUAA